GUCUCUUCCUCAAGUCAAAGGCAUUGCCCCAAAACUGGAUUUCCAUUUAUCAUUCCUGACGUCAGUGAAGAAUUAAAGCUCAGAAAGGACAUGGUAUUCUCCAACCUUGAUGAUGUUAUUCAAUGUAUGUUAAGUAUGCCAAGGAGUGUGGGUUUUUAUUCAAGAAAGGGACUACAAAGACAAACUCUAAAGGUGUCUUACAUAUUAAGUAUUACUUGUGUACGAGAUCUGGGUUAUACAAGGACAAGAAGGUUGAUACGUUGGACCCCAAUCAAAAGGAACGAGUAGUGCGAUCUAACUUUUCAAAGAGGACUGAUUGUGGUGCACUGUUAUGUGUACUUUUUGAGGAUGGAUCAUGGAAGGUGUAUAAGUUUGUCGAGGAGCACAAUCAUGAACUUGUUGAACGUCCUGAUAAGCAUUUUCUUCCAACUGAACGACACCUCACUCAGCUCCAGAAGCAUGUUAUACACAGCAUGUCUAAGUUGAAUUUGGGUCCUGUCAAGGCGUUUAAUGUUAUGAAGACAUGUUUUGGCCGUUUUGAAGACGUGGGUGUAAGCAAAGUUGAAUUUAAGAACUAUAAGAGGCAAAUUAAUUUGUUCAUAGGGGAAUAUGACGCCGAUAUGGUUGUGAAAUAUUUGAAUGAAAAAAAAAAACAUUCCCAGCCUAAUUUGUCGUAUGAUUACAUCACAGAUGAAGAGAAUCGUUUGAAGGGUCUUUUUUGGUGUGACGAUCAAGCCAAACAUAAUUACCACGUGUUUGGUGAUGUGAUUUCAUUUGAUGCCACGUAUCGUUCCAACAAAUACUCUAUGGUGUUUGUACCGUUCACUGGUAUAGACAAUCAUCACUGCAAUGUUACAUUUGGUGCAACAUUGUUGGCGUCGGAAACUGCUGAUACGUAUAUUUGGUUGUUAAGAGUUUUUCUAAAAGCUGUUGGUUCUCAACCAAAAGUUGUUGUCACUGACCAAGAUCCAACGAUGAAGAAGGCUAUUUCUGUUGUAUUUGUUGACACGAGGCAUCAGUUAUGCAUGUGGUAUGUGAUGCAUAAACUUUCUCUGAAGGUUUUUAUGCUUUUUUACGUUUGGCACUUUAGGAUACACUGCAUUUUAAAAUACAUGGCGUUUUGUACCUUGUUACUGUUUUUUUAAUUAAAUUUUUUCUUUUGUUUUUUUAUUAUGC